AUGACAGCUCAUGAAAGCCUAAUGUUUCUACCCCCUGAAAGCUGCGCAGAUCUGAAGGAGGAGGAAAGAUUUCAUCUGAACUGCAGUCUUAUCACGAAUGCCUUGUUUUUGAAGGCAGCACAUCUCUUACUUACAAAGGUUUUGUAUCCGAAUACUUCUACAAGUGAUGAUCUCAUUCAAAAAGAUGUUGAGUUGAUUAUGGAUUAUCUGGAACUUAUUCCUCCUUAUCAUCCAAUAUGCAGUGCGCUACCUUGGCCAAUCAUGGUAGCUGGUUCCGCUUCUCUUCUAUCAAUUCAUCGGAAGUAUCUUAUUGAAAGGACGCUCGAAAUUGGUGACUAUGUACACACACAAUACUCCUGCCAAAUUAUUGAUUUUUUCAAAAAGGCCUGGGGAACUGGAGAAGAAGAAGGAAUGGGUUGUGACAUUUUAUUACAUAGAGAAUCCCUGGAAAAGUUAUGCCUUUAA